CAUUUCUCAAUGCUCAAGCGAAAAGUCAAAAAGAUAAAAACAUUGAAUUGAGUAUGUGAUUCUAACCAAACAGCUCACUGUUCAGAAUGGCUCUACCGAAUUUAUCUCGAAAUAUUCAGCGGAAUUUCAAUAAUAUUCAGAAAAUCUUAAUAGCACAGUUUUCUUCCGAACAUCGAAUCAAAAGCAAGAAGCAAGAAAAGAAGAUUGGCUUCGAAUCAAAGCCAGAUAUCAAUAAAAUUAACUGUGAUUACAUUGGACCACCAGAUAAGUUAUCAAACUUAAGGCCAGCGCUACGACCUGUUCCGGCCGAUGAAACACCGAUCGAAAAAGAGCUACGUUUGAAACGAAUUGAGGUGGAGCAGUGGAACCAACAUUUUUGGUCAAAUCACAAUCAAAAUUUUGUCAAGCAAAAGCAAGUCUUCAUCAAAACCAAUAAAGCAGGAGACGAGGACACAUUGGGUGCGGAUAAAAUGAGUGAGUUUUACAAAUCAUUUUUGGACGAUAAUUGGAAGGCACAUCUUCAAUAUAAUCGAGAUUGGUACAAGAAAAACUUUGAAAUUCUGCUAUUGUCGUAUCGAACCAAAUUCCAGCCAAAACGUUGGUUUAAAAUAUCAAAAGGCGCUUUGAGAUAAUGUUCACAUUUUUCUUCAAAAAUAAAAUAUUUAUUGUUAUUCAUUGAAAAUCGUCUCUUUUUUCCAUUUCACUCAAAUUGCGGUCGAAUUACAUAAAACAGAGACAGGCAUUGAACGAUCCCCAAAUACAAUCCGAUUGGAAUCGAAUGGAAAAAUAUAAACAUUCAGAAUUUGUCAAUGUCAAGUUGCCAGCUUGUCGUCAACUGUCAAACAAACCAAUCAGUUGAGAUAUUCGAAACAUUCCGCUUAACAUUGUUGCGAAGCACUAAUUUGGUUUCAUUCACGGAACGAACAGUUAGUUGUACAAAGCAAUCGGAAAAAAAGUUGAGCAUUGAAACAAUGUCAUCAGAAAGUUUGCGUCGAGCCCUAUUUGCGGUGGCAAUCAAUAAAAAAAGCGAAAAAGUGCAGCAAAAAAUCCAGCAACAGGUCAAACAAACGUUGUCGGAAUGGGAAACCACUCUAUAUGGUUAUGUGAAUAUCACCGCUCAGCUAAGUACGCUAACCAAAUUGGCGGAGCAACAAGAGCAUAUUUCAUGUGUACGAAAAACACUGAAAGAAUGCACGGAACUCGCAAAGGCUGGCACUGAAACAUUUGAUAAGAUCUGGCGUCUGGUCGAAUUGUCAUUGCCCAUUUCAACGAUGGAUCACAAUUGGAUGGGUAGCAUUCUGAAGCAUGAUAAAAUGUUGGUCGAAAUUAAGGAGUCAUUGUCAUCGCUGUUGCUGUUUUCAUCAAAUCGCGAAGUGAUUGAAGUCGUUCAAAAGAUGAUGCUGCAAAUUACCGAGGUUCAGUCCAAAGUCAACGUUCUCUCAACCAAAGUCAACGAAACGGUUAAUGAUGUUCUACGUUUUCGUUCCGAACACUUUGACGAACUGGAUAAGGCCGAAGAAGAAGCCGAAGAUGAAGACGAUGAAGAGGAGUAUAGUGAUGAGGAAUGACCGGCAUUCAUACGACAUAUACCGCAUUAAUUCCAUUUGUUAAUUUCUAAGCAUAUUUGCUUUUUCAAUACGAUCUUUUUCUCAUUUAAUUUCAUAAGCAUGAUUGAAUCAAAAAGGCGAUGAUCCUUAUUGUGAUUUUUUCAACGCGAAAAGUUUACUUUUCACUAGAGAAUCUAAACAAAAUGUAAUUUUUACGAUAGUUUUAUACGAAAAAAAAUUCAUCUCAAUUCAAAAUCUUAAGCGUUAAUAAAUCGAAUAUUCUGUAUGAAAACAUUUUUUAACCGAAAAA